AUGCAGUUAGUUCGUCAGACGGGGAAGAAAAACCCAUCUAUUGUGACAGAAAUGAAGCAGUCAGACUUUUUCCAAAUCUCCGAUUUGUACAAUUCGACACUUCAAAAUAAAAAAGUUAAAGAAGACGGGGAAAAAGUUGCAUGGAGGAACACAAAAGUGGUUCCGUUACAUAAAAAAGACAGAAAAAGUUCUUUACCAGGAGACACUGGAUCCGGAUUCGUCGUUCAAGACAAUAAACUAUCGCCGUAG